AUGAACAAAGUUACAGAAAAGCUGCACCAAUGUUUCGUGUGCCAGAAGAGUUUUGCCUAUAAGUCUCAACUCAAUAUUCAUCUGAGGAUUCACACCGGGGAGAAGUUAUUUAAAUGUUCAGAAUGUCCCAAGUGCUUCUCAGAAAAAUCUGGUCUUACUAAACACCUGAGGAUUCACACAGGAGAGAAACCAUUUAAAUGUUCAGAAUGUGACAAGAGCUUCUCACGAAGUCCUGGUCUUACUAGUCACCUGAGGAUUCACACAGGAGAGAAACCAUAUAAAUGUUCAGAAUGUGACAAGUGCUUCUCACAAAGCUCUCUUCUUACUCAGCACCAGAGGAUCCACACAGGAGAGAAACCAUUUAAAUGCCCAGAAUGUCACAAGUGCUUCUCACAUGAUUCUCAUCUUGCGGAACAUCUGAGGAUCCACACAGGAGUGAAACCAUUUCAUUGUUCAGAAUGUGACAAGUGCUUCUAUUCACAUUCUCAUCUUACUAAACACCAGAGGAUUCACACAGGAGUGAAACCAUUUAAAUGUCCAGAAUGUGACAAGAGCUUCUACGAACAUUUUAGUCUUACUAAGCACCAGAGGAUUCACACAGGAGAGAAACCAUUUAAAUGUCCAGAAUGUGGCAUGUGUUUCUCUAAAAAGAUUUUACUUACUGUACAUCAGAAGACUCACACAGGAGAUAAUCCAUAUAAAUGUUUAGAAUGUGGAAAAUGUUUCUCAAACAAUUACUGUCUUGCUCGGCACCAGAGGACUCACACAGGUGAGAAACCAUAUAAAUGUUCAGAAUGUGGGAAGUGCUUCACACAAAAUUCUAAUCUUACUAAACACCAGAGAAUACACACAGGAAAUAAAACAUUUAUAUGUUCAGAAUGUGGCAUAUUUAAAUGUUCAGAAUGUCCCAAGUGCUUCUCAGAAAAAUCUGGUCUUACUAAACACCUGAGGAUUCACACAGGAGAGAAACCAUUUAAAUGUUCAGAAUGUGACAAGAGCUUCUCACGAAGUCCUGGUCUUACUAGUCACCUGAGGAUUCACACAGGAGAGAAACCAUAUAAAUGUUCAGAAUGUGACAAGUGCUUCUCACAAAGCUCUCUUCUUACUCAGCACCAGAGGAUCCACACAGGAGAGAAACCAUUUAAAUGCCCAGAAUGUCACAAGUGCUUCUCACAUGAUUCUCAUCUUGCGGAACAUCUGAGGAUCCACACAGGAGUGAAACCAUUUCAUUGUUCAGAAUGUGACAAGUGCUUCUAUUCACAUUCUCAUCUUACUAAACACCAGAGGAUUCACACAGGAGUGAAACCAUUUAAAUGUCCAGAAUGUGACAAGAGCUUCUACGAACAUUUUAGUCUUACUAAGCACCAGAGGAUUCACACAGGAGAGAAACCAUUUAAAUGUCCAGAAUGUGGCAAAUGCUUCUCACAAAAUUCUGGUCUUACUAAACACCUGAGGAUUCACACAGGAGAGAAACCAUAUAAAUGUUCAGAAUGUGGAAAGUGCUUCUCACGAAGUUCUAUUCUUACUGUACACCAGAGGAUUCACACAGGAGAGAAAUCAUAUAAAUGCCCUGAAUGUCACAAGUGCUUCUCAAGCAAUUAUCGUCUUGCUGAACACCUGAAGAUCCACACAGGAGUGAAACCAUAUACAUGUUCAGAAUGUGACAAGAGGUUCUCCGCACAUUCACAUCUUACUAGGCACCAGAGGAUCCACACAGGAGUGAAACCAUUUAAAUGUCCAGAAUGUGACAAGUGCUUCUCCGAUCAUUUUAGUCUUAUUAAUCACCAGAGGAUUCACACGGGAGAGAAACCAUUUAAAUGUCCAGAAUGUGGGAAGUGCUUCUUUUCUAAACCUUCACUUAUUGUACACCAGAAGACUCAUACUGGAGAAGAGCCAUUUAAAUGUUUAGAAUGUUACAAGUGCUUCUUUUUUAAAUCUGCACUUGUUGUACACCAGAAGACUCACACAGGAGAGAAACCUUAUAAAUGUUCAGAAUGUGACAAGUGUUUCCCAAAAAAAGCUCAUCUUGCUAGGCACCAGAUGAUCCACACAGGAGAGACACCAUAUAAAUGUUCAGAAUGUGGGAAGUGCUUCUCACUAAAUUUUCAUCUUGCUCGGCACCUGAGGAUCCACACAGGAGAGAAUCUACAUAAAUGUUCAGAAUGUGGAAAAUGUUUCUCAAGAAGUUCUCACCUUACUAGUCACGAGAGGACUCACACAGGAGAGAAACCAUUUAUAUGUUCAGAAUGUGGCAUGUGCUUUUUUUAUAAGCUUACACUUGCUGAACACCAGAAGAUUCACACAGGGGAAAAAUUACUUAAAUGUUCAGAAUGUCCCAAGUACUUCUCAAAUAAUUCGAGUCUUUCUAGUCACCUGAAGAUUCACACAGGAGAGAAACCAUUUAAAUGUUCCGAAUGUGGCAAGUGCUUCUCACGAAGUUCUAGUCUUUCUAGUCACCAGAGGAUUCACACAGGAGAGAAACCAUUUGAAUGUUCAGAAUGUGGCAACUGCUUCUCACUAAGUUCUAGUCUUGCCAAACACCAGAGGAUCCACAUAGGAGAGACACCAUAUAAAUGUUCAGAAUGUCACAAGUGCUUCUCAUGCAAUUCCCGACUUGCUGAACAUCUGAGGAUCCACACAGGAGUGAAACCAUUUAAAUGUUCAGAAUGUGACAAGAGGUUCUCCACACAUUCUCGACUCACUAGGCACCAGUGGAUCCACAAAGGAGAGAAACCAUUUAAAUGUCCAGAAUGUGACAAGUGCUUCUACGAACAUUAUAGUCUUAUUAAUCACCAGAGGAUUCACACAGGAGAGAAACCAUUUAAAUGUCCAGAAUGUGGUGAGUGCUUCUCUCAAAAGUUUUUACUUACUGUACACCAGACGACUCACACUGGAGAAGAUCCAUUUAAAUGUUUAGAAUGUAACAAGUGCUUCUUUUCUAAAUCUUCACUUGUUGCACACCAGAAGACUCACACAGGAGAGAAACCUUAUAAAUGUUCAGAAUGUGGGAAGUGCUUCACAGAAAAUUCUAAUCUUACUAAACACCAGAGAAUACACACUGGGAAGAAACCAUUUAUAUGUUCAGAAUGUGGGAAGAGUUUUACCUAUAAGUCAAAACUCAUUAGUCAUCUGAGGAUUCACACCGGGGAGAAGUUAUUUAAAUGUUCAGAAUGUCCCAAGUGCUUCUCAGAAAAUUCUUGUCUUACUAAACACCUGAGGAUUCACACAGGAGAAAAACCAUAUACAUGUUCAGAAUGUGGCAAGUGCUUCUCACUAAGUUCUAGUCUUUCUAGUCACCAGAGGAUUCACACAGGAGUGAAACCAUUUAAAUGUUCAGAAUGUGGCAAGUGCUUCUCACUAAGUUCUAGUCUUACUAAACACCAGAGGAUCCACACAGGAGAGAAACCAUAUCAAUGCCCAGAAUGUCACAAGUGCUUCUCAGACAAUUCUCAUUUUGCUGAACAUCUGAGGAUCCACACAGGAGUGAAACCAUUUAAAUGUUCAGAAUGUGACAAGAGCUUCUAUGCACAUUCUAGUCUUACUAAGCACCAGAGGAUUCAUACAGGAGAGAAACCUUUUAAAUGUCCAGAAUGUGACAAGAGCUUCUCUCACAAGUCUUUACUUGCUGUACACCAGAAGACUCACACUGGAGAAGAGCCAUUUAAAUGUUCAGAAUGUGGAAAAUUUUUCUCAAAAAGUUCUCAUCUUACUACUCACCAGAGGACUCACACUGGAGAGAAACCAUAUAAAUGUUCAGAAUGUGGAAAAUGUUUUGUAAAAAGUUCUUACCUUACUCAUCAUGAGAGGACUCACACAGGUGAGAAACCAUUUCAAUGUUCAGAAUGUGGGAAGUGCUUCACACAAAAUUCUAACCUUACUAAACACCAGAGAAUGCACACAGGAAAUAAACCAUUUAUAUGUUCACAAUGUGGCAUGUGCUUUUUUUAUAAGCUUACACUUGCUGAACACCAGAAGAUUCACACAGGGGAAAAACUAUUUAAAUGCUUAGAAUGUCACAAGUGCUUCUCACAAAAUUCUGGCCUUACUCAACACAAGAAGAUUCACACCGGAGAGAAAGCAUUUAGAUGUUCAGAAUGUGGCAAGUGCUUCUCACAAAGUUGUACUCUUUCUAAACACCAGAGGAUUCAUACAGGUUUGAAACCAUUUACAUGUCCAGAAUGUGACAAAUGCUUCUCACAAAAUGUUCAUCUUGAACAACACCUGAGGAUCCACACAGGAGUGAAACCAUUUAAAUGUUCAGAAUGUGACAAGAACUUCUCCGUAAGUUCUAGUCUCACUAAGCACCAGAGGAUUCACACAGGAGAGAAACCAUUUAAAUGUCCAGAGUGUGACAAGUGCUUCUCUCAAAAGUCUUUUCUCACUGGACACCAGAAGACUCACACUGGAGAAAAACCAUUUAAAUGUUCAGAAUGUGACAAGUGCUACUCUUCCAAGUUUUCACUUGUUGUACACCAGAAGACUCACACAGGAGAAAAGCCGUUUAAAUGUUCAGAAUGUGACAAGUGUUUCUCGCUAUGUUCUCGUCUUGCUAAUCACCGUAGGAUUCACACAGGAGAGAAACCAUUUAAAUGUUCAGAAUGUGGCAAAGGCUUCUCUCUUAAGUUUACACUGGCUGAUCACCAGAAGACUCACACAGGAGAAAAGCCAUUUGAAUGUUCAGAAUGUGGAAAGUGCUUCUCAAAAAGCUCUCAUCUUACGAAACACCAGAAGACUCACACAGGAGAGAAACCAUUUCAAUGUUCAGAAUGUGACAAGUGCUUCAUACUAAGUUCUAGUCUUACUAGUCACCAGAGGAUUCACACAGGAGAGAAACCAUAUAAAUGUUCAGAAUGCAACAAGUGCUUCUCAGAAAAUUCUCUCCUUGCCCGGCACCACAAGAGUCACACAGGAGAGAAACCAUAUAAAUGUUCAGAAUGCAACAAGUGCUUCUCAGAAAAUUCUCUCCUUGCCCGGCACCACAAGAGUCACACAGGAGAGAAACCAUAUAAAUGUUCAGAAUGUGACAAGUUCUUCUCAAAAAAGUAUAAUCUUGCUCAGCACCAGAAGAUCCACACAGGAAAGAAACCGUUUAUAUGUUCAGAAUGUGGCAUGUGUUUCUUUUAUAAGCUUACGCUUGCUGAACACCAGAAGAUUCACACAGGGGGAAAACCGUAUCAGUGCCCCGAGUGCCAGAGAAGUUUUACUCAUAAGUCACUACUUAUUAUUCACCUAAGGAUUCACACAGGAGAGAAACCAUUCAAAUGUUCAGAAUGUGACAAGUGCUUCACACAAAGUCAUCAUCUUACUCAACACCAGAAAAUCCACACUGGAGAGAAACCAUUUCAAUGUUCAGAAUGUGACCGGAGCUUCUUGUAUAUGCGUAGUCUUGAUGCGCACCAGAAGACUCACACUGGAGAAAAGCCAUUUAAAUGUUCAGAAUGUGACAAGUGCUUCUCACAAAUAUCUAAUCUUACGAGUCACCAGAGGGUCCACACAGGAGAGAAACCCUUUAAAUGUUCAGAAUGUGGCAAGUGCUUCUCACAUAAGCUCAGUCUUGUUACACACCAGAAGACUCAUGUAGGAGAGAAGCCAUUUAAAUGUUCAGAAUGUGGCAAAUGCUUUUUACAGAGCGCUUACCUUACUCAACACCAGAAGAUUCACACAGGAUCGAAACCAUUUACCUGUUCGGAAUGUGACAAAUGUUUUGCUCGAAAGGGACAUCUUUUUCGACACCAGAGAAUUCACGCAAGAGAAAAGCCAUGUGGGGACUGCGCAAGUGUUUCUCAAAGGAGCCGAAUCUUAAGCAACAUGAAGUUACACACGCUGGGGAGAAUCCAUAUUCACCAAUGUGAUAAAUAUUUGAAAUGUGAAUAA